AUGGGUAGGCUUGCACCAUUAUCAGAAGAACCUUUCAAUGAAGAAAAUGAAAGAAGAAGCAAUAACUCUAAGAAAGGUUUUCAGUUAUGGAUGAAGUGGAAUUGGAUCAAGACCCAUUUUUCUUUUGUUUUCAACAAGAAAUCUAACCUUAAGAUGCUUCUUAGUGUUCUUGGUUGUCCACUUUUUCCUGUUCCUGUUCAUGCCAAAUUACCCCUUAAUGAGGUUUCGUCUUCGGCGCAGUAUAUUAUACAACACUUUACAGCUGCAACAGGGUGUAGGAAAUUGGAGGGGACAGUGAAGAAUGUGUUUGUUACUGGGAAAGUGACAAUGGUAGUUGUGGAUGAGCUUGGAUCGGUCGGUGGUGGUAGUGUUAAUGGAGUUUCUGAGAAAGGGUGUUUUGUGAUGUGGCAGAUGGUUCCUGAUAAUUGGCAGAUAGAGAUUGUUGUUGGUGGUCAAAAGGUUCUUGCAGGAAGUAAUGGCAUUAUUGCUUGGCGUCACACACCUUGGCUCGGCGUGCACGCAGCUAAAGGUGGCGUUCGUCCUCUUCGUCGCGCAAUUCAGGGACUAGACCCUUUAGCAGUAUCAGCUGUAUUCAGUGCAGCACAACACAUGGGAGAGAAACAAAUGAACGGCGUGGAUUGUUUCGUUUUAAAACUCUGGGCGGAUCAAAAAGACCUAGUCGAGCGAAGCGACAACACGGCGGAGAUGAUCAAGCAUGCUAUAUUCGGUUAUUUUAGUCAAAGAAGUGGACUUUUAGUCUACUUGGAGGACUCUUACUUGACAAGGAUUCAAGCAAUAGGGACAAAUCCUACAUAUUGGGAAACAUCAAUGUCGACUAAAAUCGAAGACUAUAGAGAUGUUGAAGGUGUUAUGAUUGCACAUUCUGGAUCGACAACCGUGAUGAUAACACGGUUUGGCGAUAAUCUUAAGGACGGACCUGCCAUUACUAAGUUGGAAGAAUCAUGGAGUAUUGAUGAUGUUGCAUUCAAUGUUCAAGGGUUGUCUAUUGAUUGUUUCUUGCCACCUCAAGAACUUAACAAAGAGUGUCCACAACAACAUCUUGAUUGGAAAUCAUCCUUGCAUAGAUGA